GCACGAAGCGAGGAGGUGGCAUGAUUUGACGUUUGGUUCGGAUGGUCUCUUCUUUUUCCAGGGGUGGUCGUGGCGCACAUGGGUCACUCGGCGCUUUGGGGGGCGGGAAAACUCGGUCUCCAACUGGAACGGGUAAGGCGGGGCUCAGAGGUAAAGCACACAAUCUGUAGGCUUAACCCGCCCCUAUCGUUGACAGCCAGACCUAUACCCUGUCUGUCCCUACUGGUAAAUGCGACCCGGCUGGCGCAGGACCGCGGUCUGCCGAGCUGCUCGCCACGGCAGGGAUGGAAGCGAGGCCAAUCCCAAUCGAUGGCGCCAUUGACUGGCCGCAUGGUACACGCUGCUCGCCCUGGCAUUUACCCUCGAUGGAGCAUUGAUCUUUCAGCAUCCCCGCCUACAUUGCCUAUCCUCGACUCUUCUCUGCGGGAUCUGCGGCCCAUAUGCCCUUCCGAGAUACCCCCAUAUGGGCGUCGACGGCGCAAAUCUCGCCCCGCUACAAUUGCGUGCCAGAAUUGAAUGAAUUGCCAUCCAUCACCUCAUUCAUACCAACUUUCACCGACUUUUUAUUUCAUUAUCUACAAGGUUGCGACUCUCAGUAACCACAAAGUUGAUCCUAUAUAAGCAUGGCUAGCGAGACAUGGAGUAUGUACAGCUCCUCCGCACGAGAAGCGCGACCAAGACAUCACUCCCUCGACUAUGGACCAGGUCGCCGUUCUUCCUCACGCUGGCCACGAGCUGGUGGCCGGUACGCCCUCUGACGAAAAGACUAUACCCUUCGACAAGAUUCCUUUGAACGAAAAGCUCGAUCACCAUAAUAGCAUCAACGACGGAUCUGAAGUAUCUGAGAAGGAGGAGAAGGAGAUCGUUACCGGCUUGGAUGCGGCAAACUACCUCUUGCCUAUCAGAGACGAUGGCGACCAGGUUCUGACCUUCCGAAGUUUGGUAUUGGGUACUCUUAUGGCUGCUUUCCAGGCUUCCAUGAACCAGAUUUACCUUUUCAAGCCUACAAAUGUCACCAUCAGCGGGAGCUUCAUGGUACUUCUUCUCUACUUUUUGGGUGGGGCAUGGGCCCUCUUCCUCCCCAGAGGCGACUUGCAAGAGAGAAAGUGGAGAGAGAGGGGUAACGAGGGCCGGCUGCCGCUUUGGAUACGAGCGGCCAUAUUCAUCAACCCUGGUCCCUUCUCACUCAAAGAGCAUGCCAUCGCCUCCAUCACAGCUACCUCAGCUUCUAACGGUGCCGCGAGUGUGACAGUUUUCGCCACAACCAACCUCUUCUACGACAUUCCGCUGAGCGCCACUACCGUCAUUCUCAGUACGCUCUCUAUCGGGCUCUUUGGCUACGGUCUCACUGGACUUCUUCGCCCAAUCACUGUGUACCACCCUGAGAGCGUGUAUUGGACCAACAUCCCUAUUGUACGCACCUUGCAAUCGCUGCAUUGGGAUUCGGUCAAAGACAGCAAACCGAUGCGGUAUUUCUGGUAUGCCUUUGGUGGCAUGCUCGCGUAUCAGCCAUUUCCAGCUUACAUCAUCCCAUGGCUCAACAGUGUUUCCGUGCCCUGCCUCGCUUCGAUGAAAGCUACAGGCUCCAAGGCUGAUAUCCUCACAAAUCUCUUUGGCGGCUCGUUGAGUAACGAGGGACUCGGUAUCUUGAACUUUUCAUUCGACUGGCAAUAUAUCACCUCUUCCGCGACCUCGAUGCCUCUCAUCCUUCAGGCCAACUAUGCUUCUGGUAUCGUCUUUUGCUGGAUCGCCUUCCUCGCCGUCUAUUACGGCAACGCCUGGUCGGCCAAAUCCUUGCCAUUCCUUUCUACCACGCUCCACACUGCCAGCGGUGACACAUAUCCUACUGCGAAAGUUUUUGUCAAUGGUAUCCUGGAUGAGAGCGCAUUGGAACGUUACGGCCUGCCGAAGCUCUCGGGGACUUAUGUCUGGGCUAUGGUGGUAAACAGUCUCUCUAUUGGUGCGCUUGUCGCCCAUUGCAUCUUCUGGUACGGGCCCGACAUCUGGCAAGCCUUGAAGGACGGCAGGAAAGGCGUAUAUGCCGACCGACACCACGCAGCUAUGAAAAAGUACAAAGAGGCCAACUGGUACUGGUAUGUCGGCCUCCUUGUGAUCGCCUUCGUCCUGGGUCUUGUCGUCGUCGUCAAGGAAGGCAUCACUUUGACGUGGUGGGCCUACAUCGUGGCUUUGGCCCUCGGAGCGUUCAUCGCACCCUUCAGUACAAUCCUCUACUCUCGGUUCGGUAACGGUAUAGCGACCAACCAGUUGAUGAAGACCAUUGCGGGAGUCUGCCAACCCGGACGACCUGUGGCAAACUUGUACUUUAGCGCGUGGUCCCAUAGCGUUAUCUCGCAGAGUCUCAACCUGGCCUCGGAUCUCAAGAUGGGAGAAUAUCUCAAAAUCCCUCCUAGGAUUAUGUUCACCACCCAAGUGUACGGCACUGUCUUCGGCGCAUUCAUCAAUUAUGUCGUCAUGAUCAGCGUUGUCAACUCGCACAGGGAGCUCCUUCAGGACACCAAUGGCUCUUCUGUCUGGUCAGGACAAUACUUCCAAAGUCAAUCGACUCAAGCAUCUGUCUGGGCUUUGGCCAAGUACUUGUAUGGUAGAAGCGGAGAAUACUUCAUUGUGCUCUUGGGCCUCCCUAUCGGGUUUGCUGCAGUGAUACUUCAUCGUGUGUUUGCACGAUACGUGCCUCGCAUCGGCAAGUUCUCUCUCAGCGACCUCAACCUUCCCCAAUUCUUCAUCUACUCCGGCUACCUGGGAUUCAACCAGACACAAAGCUGUGUCGUCCUCUCUCAGCUCGCAGCCGGGUUCUUCACGCAAUUCUACCUACGAAAAUACAAGCCCAGAAUCUUCAGAGACUACUCGUAUCUUGUCACUGCGGCCUGGGACGGGGCGAGUCUGUUCGUCUUGUUUAUCUUGUCUUUCGCAGUGUUUGGUGCCGCAAACUCUACUGUAGCCUUCCCAUCUUGGUGGGGAAAUCCUGCAGAUGGCUACCCUGACCAUUGUCCGGUGUCCGACAGUUGAUCGACUGCAAAUGUUGAGCGAUCGUUCUCGAUAGCCAAGUUCGUAGCUUGGCUGUCCUUCCUUUAUUCCCUUGUAUCGGGGGUUCGAAUAUCACUUUUUUUGGUUCCUCUUGCUCUAUAGUCGCGUGAUAAUAUCCUGGCUCGUUUAUACUUGGUUCUUCACAUGCAAUACUGCCCAGAU